CCAAAGUUCUUCAGCAUAAUAUCAAAUCCACAGUCCUCUCUCUUUCCAUGGCUCUUCACCAGUUUCUUUCUUCCUCCCCAAUGACCCAUUUCACCAAACAAGUUUCCUUUAGUCUCGAGCCUUCUUUUGUCCCUCGUGUUGUUAAAGCAAAAGGCAUUGCAACAAUGUCUUCUAACACGACCAUCGUUCGACGCUCUGCAAAUUUUCAUCCUUCUAUUUGGAAAAAUGAAUUCAUCCAAUCAUUGUCAAGUGAAUUUAUGGGAGAAACAUAUGUAGAUCGUUUCAACAUGUUAAAAAAAGAGGUAGAAGGCAUCAUGAAUCAUAUAAUUGACGACCCUCUGAAACAACUCGAUCUUAUCGAUACCUUACAACGACUUGGAAUCUCAUACCACUUUGAGAAUGAGAUUAAGGGUAUACUGGAAAGAAGAUACCGCAGUGAUCAAGGAAAUAAUAGUUGCAAGAAAAUUGAUGUCUAUGCAACAGCUCUUGAAUUUAGACUCAUGAGGCAACAUGGAUUUAGUGUUUCACCAGAGGUCUUCAAUAACUUCAAGGACAGAACAUCACAUUUCAGCACAUAUUUAUGUGUGGAUAUAAAAGGAAUGAUGUCUUUAUAUGAAGCUUCGUUCUUAUCUAUUGAAGGUGAAAACAUUUUAGAGGACGCAAAAAAUUUUACGACCAACUGCUUAGAGAAAUACAUCACAUCGAGUAGGAAUGAACUCGAUGUAGCCAUUGUUAGACAUGCUUUGGAGCUUCCCUUGCAUUGGAGAGUGCCUAGACUGGAGGCAAGGUGGUUCAUUGACAUAUAUGAAAGAAAAGCCCAUAUGAAUCCUAUUCUUCUUGAAAUUGCUAAAUUAGAUUUCAACAUGGUACAAUCUAUCCACCAGGAAGAUCUUAAAUAUGCGUCCAAGUGGUGGAGAAGCAUUGGCAUUGCAGAAAAGUUGAGCUUUGCAAGAGAUCGAUUGAUGGAAAGUUUCAUGUGGACAGUAGGCAUUGGAUUUCAACCUGAACUUGGAUAUUUUAGAAGAAUGUCUACCAAGGUUAAUGCAUUGAUAACAGUUAUUGAUGAUGUCUAUGAUGUUUACGGCACAUUGGAAGAACUUGAGCUCUUCACUAAUGUGGUAGAAAAAUGGGAUAUUGUUGCAAUGGAACAACUUCCUGAUUACAUGAAACUAUGUUUUCUUGCUCUCUACAAUACGAUUAAUGACAUGACUUUUGAACUAUUAAGAGACAAAGGAGUAAAUGUCAUCCAAUGCCUUAAGAAAUCGUGGGUAGAUUUGUGCAAAUCUUAUAUGUUGGAGGCAAAGUGGUAUCAUAAUGGUUAUAAACCAACAUUGCAAGAAUAUUUGGACAACGCAUGGGUUUCAAUAUCAGGCACAGUCAUAUUAGUUCAUGCAUAUGUUCUUGCGACAUCUCCAAUGGUAAAGGACGAUUUGGAGAGUUUGGAGAACAAUAUUGAUAUAUUCCGUUGGUCAUCCACGAUCUUGCGACUUGCCGACGAUCUAGGAACAUCAUCGGAUGAACAAAUAAGAGGGGAUGUUCCAAAAUCAAUACAAUGUUAUAUGAAUGACACCGGAGCUUCGGAGGUUGAUGCUCGCAAGCAUAUCAAAUAUUUGAUUGAUGAAACAUGGAAGAAGUUAAACAAGGUUGCGGAAGACAAUUCUGUUUUUUCUCAACUGUUCGUUGAGAUGGCUAAAAAUGUUAGUCGAACCGCUCAAUGCAUGUAUCAAUAUGGGGAUGGACAUACGAUAGAACAUCAAGAAACGAAGGAUCGUGUGGUGUCUCUACUUAUUCAACCUAUUCCUACUACAACAAAUAUCACAUGUGAUAACAUUGAAAAAUUGUUAUUGUAGAACUUUCCACAGCGUUUCGAUAACGCCGUGGUAGGUGAUGUUGAAAGUCUUUGAAUUUUGAAUAAUGUUUUUUCUACGCUAUGUUUAAUGCUAUAAAAUUUUACUUUUCGAUUUCAUAA